GUUUUCAAAGUGUUAGAUCAUAAAUUAUAUCCAUACAUAAUAAAUGCACAAUGGAAUAACGUUGAAGGAGAAGGAAUAACGUCAAUAACCGAAACAAAGGAAUAUUAUGGUAAAGAUAAAGAUUUAUCUAGUGGAUUACCUAAAGAUGAAGGCUAUGGAGUUACUUCACAUUUAGGUACUAGUUCUGAAGGCAAUGGAAGUCCUAUGAAAACGAUAGCUUCAGCAUCUUUGGUGGGGAUACCUUCCAUAAUAUUCCUCUUAUAUAAGUUUACCCCGAUUAGAACAUGGAUAGAUCCGAGAAUUCGAACAUCCAAGAUAGAGUUGAACAAUUUUUUCCAAGGGAGUAAUGAAUUACAAUCACAUGAUUAUAAUUUAGAUACCUCAUAUAUGGAUUUUAAAAGAUUUAAUAUUGCAUAUCAAUCUAGAUAA